UUCACUCAUCACUAUCUCACCAUGAUGAUGAACCUUUGAUGGAAGAAAUUAUUAGUUUCAUUUUCUUCAUAACUUAGUUUCAAAUAUUGAGAAGUUGAUCACUUAUGGGUACCAAAAAAAUUGUUAUGCUAAAAACUCAUAUUGAUUCAAUCAAGUUAUGUUUUCAUAAUGAUUUUGUUUAUGAAAACUUGAUUUGGGUUUUGGCUUCUAUAUGGAUUUUCUUAUGCAACUAUGUGCUUCAUUCCAUUGGGUCCAUACUCACAUACAUAUUCAGAUUUCAUAGAAAAAAUGAGCAACUUGCUCCACUUGCUUUGGUUGAAGAAAGAAAGAGGAAUGAUUUUGAAGAUUAUGAGAUUGAUAAGUUCAUAGAAGAGAUAGGUAAUAUGAUAUUUCAAAGUAAUGAAGAUUUUUAUAUAGCAAGUGAAGGAAUAGAAGGAGAAACAGAGUACUCUGUUUUUGAGAAGAGUGAUUCUAUUGAUGAGAAAGGAAAAGAAGAAAUGAAUUGCUAUGUUUUGGAGAAGAAAGAUUAUGAUUUGAAUGAAGAUGGUAAGAAAAGUGAAGGGGAAAUAAAUUGUGAUGAUGUUAAGAAAAGAGAUGAAAAAGAAACAGAGUGCUCUGUUUUUGAAAAGGGUGAUUCCAAUUUUCAUCAAGAUGGUAGGAUGAGUGGAAAGGAUAUUCAAGAAGAAGAUGAGGAAACAAAAGGGUUUAUUUUGGUUGAUACUAGCUAUGAUGCAACAACAAGUAAUGUUCAGUUUGUGUCACAAAAAGAUAUUGGUGAUAUGGAAGAAGAAACUAUGGCUUUUACAAGCUUCUCUUUCCUAAGAAAUGCUUCCAUCAAAGAAAAUAAUGUCAAAAAGGAAUUAUUAGAGCAUAAAUUAGAGGCAUGCCAUGUUGAUCAAGGAAAAGCUGGAGAGGGUGUUUUAAAAUAUGAGAUUAUAGGCUCUAAUAAUUCUAGUGAAGAAUUUGAAUGUGAAAAUCUUAAGGAAAUGGAAGGUUUUAAGGAAACUCAAUUUUCAUGUGAUAGAGAAGAAGUUUCACAUGAUUUUGUUGAAUGCAAAAAUGAUAAGGAAGAUUCUUCAUACCAUGGAGAAGAGACUUAUAAUAAAACAAUGUAUGAAGAAGAGUUGGAUGAAAUGGAAUAUGUUGAAGAAGAUGAGGAUGAAUAUGAUGAGUAUGAGAAUGAUGAGGUAAUGGAACAAUUCAAAUUGGAAAUGAAAAUUGCAAGACAAGGAGGACUUGCAACAAUUUUUGAAGAUGAAGAAAGAGAUAACUCUUCAAAAGUUGUUGAAGAGAAAAUACAGCCAUUAAGUAUUGAAGAGAAGAUGGAAUAUAAAGAUCACAUUGUUGAAAUUCAAAAGGUUUAUAGAUGCUAUGCACAAAAAAUAAAGAAACUUGAUGUCUUGAGUUAUCAGACCAUGCAUGCAAUAGGUCUUCUUCGGAUAAAAGACCCUCCAAAAUUAUUUUUAAUGCAAAAAUCAACUGUCAAGCCUUUAAUGAUUUCUCAAAAUUUGUGGUUGCGCAAAGCCCAAAAGAACACAUUUAAUCCAAUGUUGAAGUUUGUUAAUGAAUUACAUAGGGAUUUGGAGCUUGUUUAUGUUUGUCAAAUUUGUCUCUCUUGGGAAAUUCUAUGUUGGCAACAUGAGAAAAUUCAAGAAAUGAAAAAAUACGAUUCACAAUGGCCUCAUAGGUAUAACAUAGUUGCAGGUGAUUUUCAACUUUUUCAGGUUCUUAUUCAACGGUUUUUAGAGGAUGAGCCAUUUCACCAAGACCAUAAUAGGGUUCAAUAUUAUGUCAAUAAUCGAUCUCUCAUUCGCAACUUGCUCCAAGUUCCAAUCAUAAAAGAUGAUAGUGCAAAAGAUAAGAAAAAAGUUAAAUUGAGUGAAGAGGAUGCAAUUGGUAAUGAAAGAUUAGAACACAUAAUCCAGAAAUCCAUGCAAGUGUUUUGGGAAUUUGUGAAUGCGGAUAAAGAUGAUGAGAAUUUGUUUCACAAAACAUCUCAUUAUAGAGAAAAUGAGAUCAAGAACAAAGAAAUUUCAGAUCUUGUUGGGAAUAUCCGAACCCAAUUACAUAAGAAGGAGAGAAUGGUCAAGGACAAAUUGAGAAGUGGAAAUUGCAUAGUUAGAAAGUUCCAAAAACACAAUAAGGAUCAAAUUCAAUUGGAUCAUGAUAUGUUGCUUGCUAAAGUGGGGUUGAAGUUGAUUUCAAGAGUGAUAAAUAUGAAAAAGUUGAGAAAAGAUCACUUAAUAUGGUGUACUGAUAAGUUAAACCAAAUCAAUUUUGUUGACAAGAAGAUUCAAGUGAAGUCUUCGUUUUUGCUUUUUCCUUGUUGAUUGAUAUGUUCAAAUUCUUUAGAUAUAAAGAUUCAUGUUUAUAUAGA